CGUCGCAUUUACAUAAGACACUUUUUUGAUCAUCCUUGAUUCCAUCAAAUCCCCCAACGGUUUCCUUCCAGAUUCCAAUCAUGGCUCACAACGAGGGCGACCCUCAACCCCUGGCCAAUCCGUUUGGCAGUCCCUCCAGCUCUCCGGGAUUUAUCGCAUUCCAUUCGUCCACCCCAGUAGGUUCACCGCGUGUAGGGGGCGGUGGAGGGGAGGGUGGUUCCCAGUUCAAGCCUCGUCGAGGAGCAAGAGGCGCCGGAGGGGGUCGGGGACAUUUGCGAGGCGGAAAUUGGGAUCGAUUUGGCGCCUUUCAAGACCAACAGAAGCAACACUUGAAUGGGUCUUCCCCUCACAUGGGAUACGGGCGGGGUCACCACACCCCCAACCAGGGUUCAUGGCGAGACUCCGGGCGUGGCGGCCGCCCAUUCGGUAGUCCGCGAGGCGACCACCGGCCAUUCCGAUUUCAGUCGGGAAAUCGAAGGGGCGGGGGAGGAUACGAGGGCCGAGGAUACCCCAAUCCCAAAUUUCACUCGGGAUCGUUCCAAAGAGAAGGAAGAAAUCACAACACCUCCAGUGGAGCCCAAAGUUAUUUCCACCCCUCCAUGUUGGAGGAUCCCUGGGCUCGGUUUGAAAGUGCCCCUCCCUCUGGUUCCAACUCCUUCAGGGUCACCUCCGAGGGCGACUGUAGUAUUGCUACCGCUCCUGCCUCCAACGACGACAACUGCAACAGGAACAAGAGCUUGAUGUCAGACUCCAUGAUUGCCCAAGUGGGCGACAGCUUCUUUCAAAGGAAUCUCAAUCCUGCCCCCGAGGUCAACGGGGAAGACGACGGAGCUAACCUCACCACCUCCAUGAUUUCCGCGCCAAACGAUGUCAACACUAGCGCCCAAGAUCUCCUCGACACGCCCUUGGACACGUCCUUGAACACGUCCUUGAACACGUCCUUGAACACGAGCUCCAUGGCGGGAUUGGACUUGAAACGCCGCACCUCGCUGUCUGACAGUAUGAUCCCCUUGGUCGGAGAUAGCGUCCUGGUGGAUAAAGAGCGAACCCCUGAGGGCAACAACCCUGAGGGCAACAACCCUGAGGGCAACAACCCUGAGGGCAACAACCCUGAGGGCAACAACCCUGAGGGCAACAACCCUGAGGGCAACAACCCUGAGGGCAACAACCCUGAGGGCAACAACCCUGAGGGCAACAACCCUGAGGGCAACAACCCUGAGGGCAACAACCCUGAGGGCAACAACCCUGAGGGCAACAACCCUGAGGGCAACAACCCUGAGGGCAACAACCCUGAGGGCAACAACCCUGAGGACAACAACCCUGAGGACAACCACGAUGUCAACCCUGAAGUCAAGCCUGAAGUCAACCCUGAGGACAGCCCUGAGGACAGCCCUGAGGACAACCCUGAGGAUAACCCUGAUGCCCACACCCCAUCUGUGGCCGCCGCCAUCAAUGACCAAAAUGAGGCGGACAUGAAGGCGUGAUGAAAUCGUCAAAGUCAUGCACGGUAUUCAUUGUGUUAUUCGGCGACAGAAGUGAUCUUUUGGGGGAUUGAUGCUCGCCCACCACGUAAACCGAUGUGCUCUGUAAGAAUAUGCGAAAAGUACCUUGAUAAAGAGAAGAUUUUA